AUUGCACCGCUUCGAUAGACUGACAAGAUGGCGAGCAAACAGCCCCUCAAGACAACAUUCGAGCCCGAACGGGUCAUACGGCCCAUCUUCACCGGCGGUUCCGUCGCAUUGGACAAUGGCGCCAAGAUUCUCGCAACGCCCCUCGGCGAGGACGCCAUCCUCACGAACCCCUCCAACGGGAAGCAUCUGGCAAAGAUUGAAGGAGAUGGCGAAACGAUCUCGACGCUGACCCUGACCCCCUCCGGCUCGCACCUCAUCAUCUGCUCCCGAUCGCUCGCGAUGAAGAUCUACGCCCUCAAGACCACCGAAGACGGAACGAUAGAGGCGAAGCUGACGCGCUCGCUGAAACCCCACGGAACCCCUGUCGUCGUCCUCGCCGUCGACCGAACGAGCACCCUCCUCGCGACCGGAGGCACCGACGGAGCGAUCAAGGUAUGGGACAUUGCCGGCGGAUACGUCACGCACACCUUCCGCGGACCGAGCGUGCUCGUCUCGGCUCUGCACUUUUUCGAGGUGGCGGCGCGGUCGAACGAGGACGCAAGCAAGAAGGGGAAGAAGGCGACACAGACUGAGGAGACAACGUCGACAACGACGAAUUGGCGCCUGGUAUCCGGUAGCCAGGAUGGAAAAGUACGGGUGUGGGAUCUUCACAAGCGCGCCGCCGUCGCCAGCCUCGACUCGCACGUCUCCAGCGUCCAGGGACUCGACUACUCCCCCGAACAGCAGGCCAUCGUCUCGGCCAGCAGAGACAAGACAAUCAUCUGGUGGGACGCGCGGUCAUGGAAGAUUAGAAAGGUCGUGCCGUGCCUGGAGCUCGUCGAGGCCGUUGGUUUCGUUGACGGCGGCCGCCUGACGUACUCUGCUGGCGCCAAGGGCUGCCUCCGGAUCUGGGACACCGACACGGGCCGCGAGCUCACAAAGGAUCAGCCGGAGAAAGCCGAGGCGGAGGGAGUCGUCAGUGCCGUGUCGCACCCCGAGCUCCCCUUUAUCCUGUGUGUCCAGGUCGACCACACACUGGCGAUGUACAAGGUGCCAGAGAAGGAUGCCGUCGAGGGAUCGGUCAUGGAGCCGUUUAGACGCAUCUCCGGAACCCACGACUCCAUCAUCGAUCUCAACUACCUUCUUCCCGACCGCUCCCUGCUUGCGCUGGCCACCAACGCCGAGGACAUUCGAAUUGUUUCAGUCAAGGACUCCUCAGAAGACGCGACGUACUUUGGUCAGGAUAUCGCGCUGCUCAAGGGCCACGACGACAUCAUCGUCUCUUUGGACGUAGACUGGUCAGGCUACUGGAUCGCUACCGGCGCAAAGGACAACACCGCUCGCCUCUGGCGCGUCGACCCCGCCAAUAACUCUUACACAUGCUACGCCACCUUCACCGGCCACACGGAAUCGGUCGGCGCCGUGGCACUCCCGAAGCAGCCCCCCCAAGAAUCAUCAGCACAGUUCAAGGACCCCCUGAGCCACCCCCCGCCAUACCUCUUCACCGGCUCCCAAGACCAGACCGUCAAGAAGUGGGAGAUCCCCCGGGAACCCCAGCAAACCCGCAAGGGCGGAUCCCGCGCCGUCUUCACCCGCAAAGCCCACGACAAGGACAUCAACGCCAUGGACGUCCACCCAGCCAGCCAGCUCUUCGCCUCCUCCUCCCAGGACAAAAUGGUCAAGAUCUGGUCCGUGGCCGAGGGCGAGGUCCAGGGCAUCCUCCGCGGCCACAGGCGCGGCGUGUGGUCCGUCAAGUUCGCCCCCGCGGGGUGCCCCGCGAUCCAGGGCGACGAGGGCCAGGUCGCCGGCAAGGGCGUCGUCCUUACCGGCAGCGCCGACAAGACGGUCAAGCUCUGGAGCCUCAACGACUACUCGUGCAUCCGCACCUUUGAGGGCCACUCCAACAGCGUCCUCAAGGUCGCCUGGCUCAACAUGCCCAAGCCCGAGGGCAAGGGCAAGAAGCAAGUCCAGUUUGCCAGCGCCGGCAGCGACGGCCUCGUCAAGGUCUGGGACGCCAACUCGGGCGAGGCCGAAACGACCCUCGACAACCACGAGGACCGCAUCUGGGCCCUCGCCGUCCACCCGGUCGACAACACCGUCGUCUCGGGCGACGGCGACGCCCUCGUCACCUUCUGGAAGGACACCACCGCCGAAUCCCAGGCCGCCGCCACCGAAGCCGCCCAGAAGCUCAUCGAGCAAGAGCAGGAGCUCCAAAACCACAUCCACCAUGGCUCCUACCGCGAAGCCAUCGUCCUCGCCCUCCAGCUCAACCACCCCGGCCGCCUCCUCAGCCUCUUCACCUCGGUCGUCACCUCCACCCCGGAACCCGGCAGCCUCUGCGGCCUCAAAGCCGUCGACCAGGUCCUCGCCACGCUCUCCGACGAGCAGCUCUUCACCCUGCUCCUACGCCUGCGCGACUGGAACACCAACGCGCGGACGGCCGCCGUCGCGCAGCGCAUCCUCUGGACGCUCGUCCGCAGCUACCCGGCGUCCAAGUUCUCCAACCUCUCGGUCAAGGGCGCGCGGGGCCAGCGCAGCCUCAAGGAGGUGCUCAACGCGCUCCGCGUGUACACCGAGCGGCACUACAGGCGGACGGACGAGCUCGUGGACGAGAGUUACCUGGUGGAAUAUACCCUGCGGGAGAUGGACAGUCUCGCGCCUCCCGCGAUAGAAGAUGAUGUGGCCAUGGAGGAUGCCGCGGCGGAUGUCAUAAUGGUGUGA